AUGAGAAGACUUACAGCAAAGAGAGGAACUGCACUGCUUAGAGCCAGAGGCUGGUCUGAGAGAGGCAUGAGAUUAGCUGCUGGCCUGAAGAUCGGGUGCAGUGGUGAGACUGAGGAAGAUGAAGACAUGAUCAUGAGUGGCAGCACCCCUGCUUCACCAGCCAGUAAAAAGCAAUCAGAGAAGUUGUGA